AUGGCACUGGAGAGUAGUACCCCAACAGGUGGUGGUGCCCCUGCGGGUAACUCCAGCGAUUUUGUCCGAAAGCUCUACAAUAUAGUUUCUGACAAUGACUCUGUUGGUAGAAUGCUCGAGGAUCCGUCGUACUCGCAAAUUGUUCGCUGGGGAGACGACAAUGACAGCUUCGUCGUAUUAGAGUGCGAAAAAUUCACCAAAUCAAUACUUCCGAAGCACUUCAAACACAGUAAUUUUGCGAGCUUCGUCCGACAACUCAACAAGUACGACUUCCAUAAAGUCCGCCAAAAUAAUGAAGAGUCUGGUCAAUCACCCUACGGACCCAAUGCUUGGGAGUUCAAGCACCCCGAGUUCAAGGCCAACAACAAAGAAUCAUUGGAUAAUAUUCGGAGGAAAGCCCCAGCGCCACGAAAACCCGCCCAGUUGAACGAGGAAACAUUCCAUACCCAACAGUUCGACAUGCUGAACCAGCAACUUGUAGCUCAGGCCCAGCAGUUUCAGCAGUUAAGCGAUCGUUUCUCACAAUUGGCUUUGGAAAAUCAAAUGAUGCAAACUGAAGUCCGGAGAGUUCAGAAAUCGAUGUUAAGCCACGAGCAGGUUCUCCACUACAUGAUGAACUACCUGCAUGGCGUCGAUGCACGACACAGACGAGAGAGCAGAACACAGGUGUCGUUCCAGGGGACCACCGGGCCAGACUUAAGCCCUUCCCAAGUUGCACCGGCUGAAGAGGAGGCGGCUUCUCCUUUACAGCAAGCCAGCAAAAUUCUGAGCGAGCUGAGCAACGAAAUUCAAAUGAACUUGGGUAGUCUGGAAUCCAUGACCGACAUUCAAAGUCGGCUUCCCGGAGCCGCCCCCACGCCGCCUCUUGAUCAGACUCAGCGGAAUGGAACGAUAAGGCCUCCCACUUCCUCUGGUUCCACAUCGUCACUGGGAUAUUCUAAGCUAAAUGGCGAACUGGAACAGCUGGUUUAUCCCGUUGGUGCUCCCAAUGGGAUUGAACCACUGUAUAGCGAGCAUGUUAACAACAUUCCGUAUUCCUUUCCCCCUAAAGAGCUCGAUCCUAAUGACCCAAGGCGACAAUACGUGGAUGGACGCAAGAAGAGCAUGUACGUAAACCCAGGUUGGGUACAGCCUCCGCGCAUUCUCUUGGUUGAGGAUGACCAGACUUGUCGUCAAGUUGGUGGGAAGUUUUUGCUUUCAUUCUGUUGCACUGUUGAUUAUGCGCUCGAUGGCCUUGAAGCCGUUAAUAAAAUACAAGAAGGUUCUAAAUACGAUCUCAUCUUGAUGGAUAUCAUUAUGCCGAAUCUUGAUGGCGUUUCCGCUUGCAGUGUAAUUAGAAGGGUUGACACUACUCCGAUAAUCGCCAUGACAUCAAAUAUUCGCAGCAGCGACAUUGAGCUUUAUUUCCAGCAUGGCAUGAACGAUGUUCUUCCAAAACCGUUUACCCGCCAGAGCCUCCUCACUGUGCUCGAAAGACACCUAAAUCACCUAAAAACUAUACCAAACACAAUGGAAGCACCACAAUCAGCCAUUAUUGCGCCCAUCGCCCAAAACUCAGCUGCGCAGUCCGUCAAGGACGAGAAUUCUCCAGGCCAAUCGCCAGCUGCAUCGAUGAAUAACUGGCAGUCCCCCGGCCAAUUCCAGGGCAUGUCGCCCAUCACCCCCAGUGUCCCCAGUCAGUACAUGCAGCAGCAAACCCCAACCACUGCAGCUGCAGCUGCAGCAUUUGCGCUAGACCAAAACGGGGUCCAAUUCCCACACCCACAACCGCAACUCUCCACGAUGAACCCCACGGCGGCCACGGCGUCACGCGUCCAAAAUCGCCGUCAGAUGUCGGACAUAGCUGGCGCAGCCGAUGGGAACUCGUUCCCUAAACGACAAAAGAUCUUUACGCAUAACACUCAGACAGUUGUGAAUCCCAUGCAAACGAAUCGCAUAACCUAAAGAUUCCGUUUCUAUAUAUGUUUCGCUUCCGGCAUCGGUCGUAUCAUAUCGUGCCGAAUCCAUGUCGUUUCCUGUUGGCAAUGCCGCCAUCGUGCGUACUUCUUCUUAAGUCAUGGCUCCUCUUCUCAUCCCCCUAUCGCUCUCCUCCUUUGACUUUUUAUUGUUCUUUUUGGCCUAUUAAAAAGGUUUUUGGAUGGAAGCCAGCACCCUUCCUCUCCAGUUUUACCACGCAAACACACACACACAUAUAUAUAUAUAAAUAUAUGAGGAGACAGUGUACUGUGUGUCUAAUGGGUAUAAAGUAUUCAUUUUCUUUCACUUGUUCUGGUUGAAACCUGCUGAAACUGUCUUCCUCAUCAUUUACACAUUACCAUUGUCAUGUUCGUACGAAGGCUAUUUUUAUCUUUACCCUAUCUUGCUGGCACACAAAUCGAUAAUGUUAUUUACCACUACCUGGGGUUCCCACGGCCCCGGACAAAGCGAAACUUCACGUCGUUAUAUUUGAUUUGCUGUUUUGAAAACUCACCUCACUUCCCUUAUCCCUCUAAAUACUCCACACGCAUGACUUGAGUUAGCCAUCUCUUGUCUCUCCCCCCCUUUCUCUCUUUUGCUCGCAGGGCAUACCAAAUCAAAAGACACACUCUAUUGGCGUUUUAUGGGUGAACCAAUCUGGGAUUUCUAUUUUCAUUUUCCUUUUCUCUUGCUCAUUUGUGUCACUUGGGGGAAAAACAUAGUCUAUUGAUAUUUCUUAUUUCAUUU